ACUUGAGUGGAGCUAUUGUACUGUGAUACCGUCACCCACACCCAAAUAACAGCAAACCUCCGUGUUCAUCACUCAGCCGGGGCUCGUGUCAACGCUGCACCGUCACUUACGUUCAGUGAGAUGCCAAGGAAGUCAUGCUUCACUGACGGGGCUUGUCGAGGCUAUUGCACGGGUUUGUGAGCAGCAUCUCUGUGGUGCUCCUGUUCAUCGACGCCAGGUGUGAGACGUCAGUGUCAUGACUGGAGCUGAGACUGAGGAUGAUAUUCCAUCAGGUGAAAGGAAGACUGUCACAGAUUUCUGCUACCUCCUUGACAAGUCCAAACAACUCUUCAAUGGACUAAGAGACCUUCCUCAGUAUGGACACAAGCAGUGGCAAUCUUAUUUUGGGCGGACGUUUGAUGUCUACACCAAACUGUGGAAAUUCCAGCAGCAGCACAGGCAGGUUUUGGACAGUCGGUAUGGCUUGAAGAGAUGGCAGAUUGGCGAGGUUGCAUCCAAAAUUGGGCAGCUUUACUACCAUUAUUACCUUCGCACGUCAGAAACAAGUUACCUGAAUGAGGCCUUUUCAUUCUACUCUGCAAUUCGUCAACGAUCUUACUAUUUUCAGGUCAAUAAAGAAGACAGGCCAGAGUUAGUAGUGAAGAAGCUCCGAUAUUAUGCUCGCUACAUAGUUGUCUGUUUACUGCUGAACAAGAUGGACCUUGUCAAGGUUUUGGUGAAGGAGUUAUCUGAGGAAAUUGAAGAUUAUACACAGCGAUUCAAAACAGAGGAUCAAUUGGAGUGGAACCUGGUUUUACAAGAAGUGGCAGCUUUUGUGGAGGCUGAUCCAGUGGUUGUACUGAACGACGCCAAUUCUGUUGUCAUCAUCAGCAGCCGGCUUCAGGAAGGAAGUGUGCCUCCACUGGAGCAAGGCAUGGUGGUCGGACAGCUCGUCCUUGCAGAUGCACUAAUCAUAGGCAACUGUAACAAUCAGGUGAAGUUCAGUGAACUAACCAUCGAUAUGUUCCGUAUGCUUCAAGCUUUGGAAAGAGAACCUGUAAACCUGGCGACACAGAACCCCAAACAAGGAAUGUUAGAACCCAGUGAGAAGCCGGCGAAACGGGAAAAUCCUCACAAGUAUUUGCUGUAUAAACCAACGUUCAGCCAGCUUUUUGCUUUCCUGUCUGCCUCUUUUAAGGAAUUGCCUGCCAACAGUGUUCUGCUUGUUUACCUAUCAGCUACCGGUGUCUUCCCCAUUGGGCAUUCAAAUUAUGAAGGACCGUAUGAUUUUGGAGGAGUUCUCACGAAUACGAAUCGAGAUGUGGUGAAUGGAGAGACGGUGCAGAAGAGAAAUCAGACCCAGAAAGAAAUGCAUUGCCUUCAUCCAGGGGAUUUAUUCCCUUUCACCAGGAAGCCACUUUUCAUUGUUGUGGAUUCUUCAAACAGCACAGCCUAUAAGAAUUUCACAAACCUUUUUGGCCAGCCUCUUGUGUGCCUGCUAUCGCCUACAGUAUAUCCCAAAAGUCUGCAAGAUCAGUCGCUGCGCGGGAGUCUGUUCACUCUGUUCCUCUACAGCCCACUCUUGGCCUUUUCCACUAUUUGUGGUUUAAACAGUGUGCAGCGAGGACUCUGGGACAAGGCUCAAGAGUUUCUUAGUAAAGUCUACCAUGACAUCGGGCAGAUGAUAACCAGAUCACGAACCAUAGAUCAAGCCUUUCUGCAGUUCUUUGGUGACGAGUUCCUUCGACUGCUGUUGAUCCGCUUUGUGUUCUGCUCGGCUGCAUUGAGACUGCAUAAACUGUUCCGGGAAUCCCAGAGCUUCCCAGAGUCGUACCCUGAGCUGCCCAAACAGGACACGGUGGAGAGCAGCGUCCUUCAGAAGCAUAUUUUGGAGCUGGCAUCCAUGUUGGAGGUGCAGAGCCUUUUUCGGGACGAUUCACUGGAGGCUGACUAACAUCUUUGCAAAGGACUAAAUGGUAUAGUGUGUAUGUACAUCAUGGACUCAACUGCCAGAGCCUGCAAAGGCUUCUUCUUUCUUUCUUUUUUUAGGUGAUGAAAUACUUUAAAAAAUGACAGGUUCAUGCCCAGUUUAAUUGUUAACUUGUGUGAUCAAAUGCAAAUGAUAUAAAAUUUGAUUUGCAAUCUGCAUUUCAGAGAAAGAAGGCAAGGUUUUGUGCAAAUGUUGAGCCCUGGUAGCUUGUUUCAUAGCUGUAUAUAUUAUUCAAAAGAAAAAAAAAAACCCUCUUCCUUCAAAUGCAGGGCUUAACAUCCUUUAUUUUUCAUGUCAGAAAAUUGAAGAUGAAAUUGUUGGCUUUUCUGUUUUUUAUCAAUAUUUAUCAAUGUUUUAUCAAUGUGAAUGUGAAAGUUGUGUCUGCCUAACGAUAGAUCAUGGGGUUGCUUUUGGUGGCUUUCAGAUAGGACUUAAAACAGUAAGUACAACACUUCCACGACACUCGAUAUUCUAAAGAUACUAGAACGUUAAUCACACUUUGUCUAUUAUUUAACCAAUAAUAACUAUUAUUAUUUGUCAUCAUUGUCCAGUAGACGCAUCUCAGACUUCAACCAAUCAGCAUCACAUAGUGUUUCACAGUACUACCUCUCCUCUGUUCAAAGUCAAAGAUGUUCUUUGAAAUAAAUGAAUAGACACAUUUAGCAGAAGAUAACCAACUCCCUUUAUGUCAUUCAUUAGCAAUCCAUUCUUUCAGCCUUCUUCGUUUAGAAGAUGGCAAUUCAUAUUGUUUCCACAUCCCUGAGCUGUAAAAUGCAUGCAAGAAAAAAAGAAAAGUCCCUUUUGCCCUGUGUCCUUACAUUUAUAUACAAAACCCCCUUAUUUUAGUGUUUUCACUGACAAACCUAGUUGUAGUUAAACAAUAAUAAGUGACGCCAGCAACACUCAAAAAACAUUCAAACACUUGGUAUAAAAAG